AUGAUCGACGCGGUAAACGCAGAAGCAAGCACAGGCAAAGCUGUCCUUGUGCAGAAUGAGGCCGGUGAUGUGCACUUGAACACGAGCGAUCCACGGCAGCGCGUGCUGCUCAACGGCUUGGACGUGCACGCUGAACUGCAGCGCCUGAACCUGUGGAACCACCGCUUGCACACUGGCGUGUGCUUCAUCCGAAACGGCGGCGUGUUUCUGGAUGCACAGACACUGAGCGGCCUCCCGCCUGGUGUGGACAAGUGGCGUCGGGGCGUCCGGGCCAGGAACGGCAAAAUCUACGGCAUCCCACGCGCUGCGACUGCCGUGUUGAUCAUCGACCCCGCGAGCAACACAUAUGACAUCACCACAAUGACCGGGUUCGCCACAGACGUUUACAAGUGGGCCGACGGCGUCCUUGCAGGGAAUGGCAAGAUCUACUGCAUCCCAGAACAGACGACGAUGGUGCUGGUGAUUGACCCGAAAUACGACGUGUUCGACGCGAGCACCAUCAGCGUGGCAGGGUAUCUUGUCUCUGGUGAAAGCGGCAACUGGGAGGCGGCCGUUCUGGCGGACAAUGGCAAGAUCUAUGCCGUCCCCAACACGAACACCCAUGUGCUGGUGAUCAACCCAGACACCAACACCACGUCCACGAUUGCAGUAAACGGUGCCGACAACACGAAUUACAAGUGGUUUGGCGCCGUGCUUGCACGCAAUGGCAAGAUCUAUGGUAUUCCGUAUCGUGCCACGUCCAUCCUCAUCACGGACUCUGCGGACGCAACCACCCUCACCUUGGACGGCAACACCGGUGGCGGAAUGGGUGACAACGGCCCAUCCAGCGACUUUGAUUUUGGCUGGGCUGGCGGCGUUCUGGCGCAGAACGGCCUCAUCUAUGGCAUCCGCACAACGCGGUGGGCUGGCGGCGUGGUCGUGGACGAUGGCCGCAUCCUGGGCGUGCCCUUUUCGGCCAGUAGCGUGCUGACCAUUCAGCCCACAACAAACAGCGUUGGGCUCGUCACCAGUGCUGCUUCCUUCGACAGCACUGUCAUGGGGGCCAGGUGGUUUGGCGGUGUUGAGGCCGAAGACGGCCGCAUCUUCGCCAUCCCGGCAGCUGCCACGUCCAUCCUCGUCAUCGACCCGCUCUGCAUGUCCACAUAGCAAGCAGCUGAAGCAAUGUCGCUUUUGUGUGCUGGUGUAGGGACUUGCGCACGUGUGUAUUGUGUCUGCGUGCUUGUGUGAGUGCGUGUGUCUGUGAGUUUGUAAUUUCUGUAAGUAGGUAAGUGCUUUAGUGGGUGUGUUCUUUUUCUUUUGUUCUUUUGUGUUUCAGAACUUCUGGCUGACCUUGCUUGGCCGUGUGGGGGUUGAGUGUGGGUGAAGCGCAUCAUUGGAGAAUGAGGAUGAGGAUGAGGAUGCGGGACAAGGGACGACGUGGGGUCUUGAGGUCUUGAGCUUCCUCUCUUCAUAGCUUCAUGCUUUGUUUCUUGUCUUGCUUGCUUGCUUGCCUUGUUGCUUACCUUUGAUUGUGGAGAAUUGGUGGACAUUUUCGCACAAGUAUCGGC